CAGCUGAGCAAUUCAGGCUGAGGCGGGCGCAACCGCACUAGACGGAAAGUCAAGUCGUGCUGGACUGGCGCGAUCUCCUCGCACUGUUUCCAAAUAAAAGGAAGGACUCAAAUGCGCAAACAAUCAUGCUUCUAAAAUAAUGCAACAUGUCGAUCGGGUCUUUGCGAGGCAUGGCUUUCGUUUUAACGAGCUUGUUCCUGUUUUGUGCGAGUAGUGUUUGUGAGACGCAACACAGUGAAACCAGUAUUUAUUUGGAUAAUAUCACGCAAAUAUUGGAUAGAUUACUGGAUGGCUAUGACAACAGGCUGCGACCUGGAUUUGGAGGUCCCGUCACGGAGGUCAAAACUGACAUCUUUGUCACCAGCUUUGGUCCAGUUUCAGAUGUAGAGAUGGAGUACACCAUGGAUGUGUUCUUUCGUCAGACAUGGAUUGAUGAGCGGCUCAAAUUCGAAGGCCCAAUUGAGAUCCUGCGGCUAAACAACCUUAUGGUCAGCAAAAUCUGGACCCCCGACACAUUUUUCCGGAAUGGCAAGAGGUCAAUCUCUCACAACAUGACCACUCCAAACAAGCUGUUCCGCAUCAUGCAAAAUGGAACUAUCCUCUACACCAUGAGAUUAACUAUAAAUGCAGAGUGCCCAAUGCGCCUCAUGAACUUCCCAAUGGAUGGCCAUGCCUGCCCACUCAAAUUCGGGAGCUAUGCAUACCCCAUCAGUGAGAUUGUGUACACAUGGAAGAAAGGGCCUUUAUCUUCUGUUGAAGUCCCACAGGAAUCAUCCAGCUUGUUGCAGUAUGACCUUAUUGGCCAGACUGUAUCAAGCGAGAGGCUGAAGUCCAACACAGGUGAAUAUGUCAUAAUGACUGUCCACUUCCAUCUUCAAAGGAAAAUGGGUUUCUUCCUGAUUCAGACCUACAUUCCCUGCAUAAUGACUGUCAUUCUGGCACAAGUUUCCUUCUGGAUUAACAAGGAAUCAGUUCCAGCUCGGACUGUUUUUGGUAUAACCACUGUCCUGACCAUGACAACAUUAAGCAUCAGUGCACGGCACUCCCUCCCCAAAGUUUCAUAUGCCACCGCAAUGGAUUGGUUCAUUGCUGUGUGCUUUGCCUUCGUCUUCUCUGCCCUCAUUGAGUUCGCGGCUGUCAACUACUUUUCAACACUCCAAGCCAACCGAGAGCUGAGAAAGGCAGCAGCCAUAAAGGCAGCCGCUCAAGAAGCAGCAGCAGCUGCAGCCGUGGUUCCAGCAGCGAGCACGGGGACAGAGGGAGACGUUGCAUCAGUGGAUGCCAAUAGUGUAUUGAAGAAGAGGAUGAACUCUGCACCAGUUUUCGAUCGACCUGCAAAAACUUUUCCAAACCCUCCUGUCAAUGCCCAAGCUUUCCUCCAGCAAGGCUCCGCGGUACCAGCCAACAACGUUCUGACAGGCACCAGCAUCAUUGACAAAUACUCACGCAUCCUUUUUCCCCUUUCGUUUGGCGCCUUUAACCUGGUCUACUGGAUCGUUUAUCUCACCAAGGACACCAUGGAGAUGUCAAGGGACACUGUCUAAGAUUAUGUCUUCCUGGAGAGUAGAAAUACCUGAACAAUCAACACACACGCACAUGCACGCCCACAUACCAACGUUCUUUUUCUUCACACAUUAAAACAGGUAACAGACGCUUGCCAAGCACUCUUUUAUGCAGCCUCAGUGCAUUCUAUUUCCUUUUAAGUACUCCCUUGGAACAUAAGUCUUUUGAGAACAGAUGUACCAAUUCCAAUUGCCAACUUGACCAUGGAGCUCAAAGCCAUGUGGGGCCACAAGUACUGGAUCCAUUUCAUACAACAGCUACUCUACGCUUUUCUUUUUUUAUUUCAUUUGUCUCAUGUUAAGAAAAAAACGUUCUAUGUUAAAACAAUUUUAAUGUGCACACCUGUCUUGUAUGCUUUGCCAAAGUUGAUGGGACAAGAAAUAACAUUAAAUAAACUACACUGAAGAAGCAUAAACCAACCACAAAGGGUUUCUCUGUUGGAUGUAUUCAUUUACUUUUUUUCUAUGUAAAAUAUCCAUGCACUUUUUUACAAGUGUUUUACUUUCUUUUAUAUAUAUAUAUAUAUAUAUAUAAAUCCCUUCCAUUAUGAUUAGAAGGAAACUGAUUGUAAGAAUGUACUUCUGACUGAAUCCAUUGCAUCUGGCAAAAACGUUUUUCCUACCAGUUCUGUCAAGUCUUAUUCUCUCCCUUUACAAUGUUUUUUGUUUGUUGAUUUAAUAUCCCUCAGCUCAAAGACUAAGGAGGACCCAAAGCAAAAUCUUCAAAGAGUUUACAUGAUCUGUUUAGUAAUGCUUUUGGCAUGGCACAUUAUGGAGUCCAACUUGCACAUGCAAGUGGAAAACAUUUCCAUUCUACAAAAGCAUUAGGAGUUCUACAACAUAUGAACAUUCAAAAAAGUAGGGUUUUUUCCACAUUUUCUUUUUCUUUAUAGUGCCUUGUAACAGCAUUCACACCACUUGACUAUUUUCACAUUAUGUCACGUUUCAUCCACAAACUGUCAUGUGAUUGACAGUAAUGCAUAAAUGCGAGGUGGGACAAAAACAAAAAUGUAGUUUUCAGUAGUUUUACAAGUAAGAAUCUGGCAACAGUAGCAUGUGUGUAUAUUAAUCCUCUUAAAUCAAUAUUUUGCAGAACCACCUUUCACUGAAAUUACUGUUGCAAGACUUUUGGUUUACUUUACAAGCUCUGCACAUGUAGUGAGUGAAAUGAUUUGUCAUUCUUUAAAAGGUAGUUUAGGUUUGCUGAGAUUGUUUGGGGAGUGACUGUAAAAAUAAAUUUAAACUCUUUCUUUAAAUCUGUUAUUGUAAAACAUACCCAGUGCAUAAGUAAAAUACACUGUUGAUAUUUAUUUGUAAAAUAAUUUGAAACUAUCUGUCAUUUUCUCCUAACAUCACAAUUUUGCAUUGCUUUGUUUUGUUUUUGAUUAAAAUUUGUUAAAUUUGUUAAUGUGUGCAGGACAAAAUUUGAAAAAAGUGGAAGGAGUAUGAAUAGUUUUGUAAGGUGCUGUAUAUCAUGUCUCAUAUUUGUUACGUGCAGAUAUAGUUUACAGGCAUGUAUUAAUGUCUACAGCUGAACUUGAAUAGGUUCCCUUUUUUCUAUCUUUAAUAUUAUAAUCCUCCUUCUCUGUCAUAGUUUUAUUAUUUAUUGAACAAAUCACAGGUGGGAUUGUGAAUCUAAAAAAACACAUUUCACUCAAAAUCUGAAUUUUAUCUUAUAGAUCUGGGAGAAAAGUCUAAUCUUCAGUCUUUAAUUAACACUUCUUUCUGUGAAUGUGUCAUGUGCUGCACUUGUCUAGCGCUUUACAGUCUUUCUUAGGUCUCAUUAAAUCAUUCCCUAACACUCUAAUUGUUAUAAAGCUGCCAAAACGGGCCUUUGCCUUUGGGAAAAGAGAAAAGAAAAGAAAAGUUUAUCUAGUAAAGUUCAACUACCAUUUUCAUAGCUGCCAUCUCAUAUGCUAAGAAGCCUGGCAACAACUCUUUCCUCACUAGGAUUUAUUGUUGUAUUUUAAUUAAACUUAAUGGAUUCUUUCACUGGUUUCCAAUUAUUUCUCCACAUGACAACCAUUUCUUGGGAUUGUCAACGAAAAGACUGCAAAAAAUAAAACGUUAAAUGUAUCAUCAUCAUUUAUACAAAACAUUCAUUUAUAAUCCUUGCAUGGAUAUGAAUACGAUUUUCCACAGCUUGCUUUUAAAACAGAGGCUGACAUGAUAAAGCUAUGAGAUGUCUAAAAAUAAAUACGUUGUGUUUACUUUGACUUUUCAUCUAUUAUCCAGAAAUAUGUUCUCAUUAAACAUGUCUCUUAUUAACAGGGGCACCCGUCAAAUGAAAAACAUUUUUAAAAAAACAACAUAAUACUUUGAAAGGAUUUCAUGGCAGUCAUGAAAAUGUGCAUCACAAAAGCUCAAUUCAGUUUUGGUUGGAAUAAAAAUCCAGUGCAAUUUUUAUUUAUAAAACAAGUUUAAAUUGGUAUUUUUCUACUUGUAUGAAUAUUUUCUUGUAAGUAUUUUAUAUGAGAUGUUUUUUUCUGAUUUGUAAACCAGCAUGGUACAACUUUGAUUCUCUACAAUGAUCAAUCAGAACAACAAUGCAUAAGCAAACAAAAAAAUAUGCAAGAUUCUGCACUGCAAUAUUUUAACAAAUUUAAAGAUUUUCUAACAAUUGGAAGACUAGAAUCUAAAACACAUCAAACAACAUAUUCUUUAAUGUAAAAAUUCAUAUGCUGCCAAGGAUUGCAGACUGUUUUAUGUAAUAUUUUUUGACCAAGGCAAGAAUAAAAAUUUGCUUAUUUGAAGAAAGUUAGCAGAUAUUAAAGAUUGUGAAUAAAAAAUGCACCAACAUGCCCUGACCAAGAUUAUUUUUUUACAUGUCCAAGAAAUAGACCUGAUUGGAUUUUUUUGUGGAAAAUGUUCUAUGGCGUCAUUAUUCUAUCAAUAAUAGUUUCCUUAAGUGUGGACUAAAGAUGCCAUAUUGCUGUGAAUUUGUAGUAAACCAAUCCUUAGACUGGUGGAAGACUUACAUCUAGUCAGACUGACCUCUUGUUUAAGUAGAUUAUAGUCAUUUAAAACAAAGUAAUGUAAUAUACUGUAUGGGAUUCAACUUGUUAGAAGUGAAUAUUAUAUAUCUCUAAGAGACAGUUGUUAUGUUCACCACUGUUUGCUCACCCAAAUAAAGUCUCUGUUAAUAUACAAAUUUAUGACUUUUAAGUCCAGCAAACUGGGUGGAUUUUUCUUUAGGCACUAUUUUGUCCAGCAGCAUCAAAGAUGGUACAUGCAUGCGCUUUUUCAGGUCUCUAGUUGUUUAGAAAUAAUUUCAGCUGACCAGGCAGAUUGAUACAGCUGGCGGUCUCAACCAAGGAAACAAUACGCUGUAACAAAAACAUUCUUUGGCUGAGAAAACAAACAAACUUUAAAAUUUUCUCUUGUAAAACUGCAGAAAGUGCAUAUCCUUUAACAUACCAUUGUAUACCACGCUUAUGAACAUUUUUAAUAUGAAUUGUGUCAAUAAUAAUUGUGCUAAACCAGGGUUGCCCUUCUGACUAACUCUUAGGAUUCCAUUGUUCUUAGGAUUUCUACAUUUUAUACAAUAUAAUUCUUAAAUGGCAUGUUUGGCAAUAGGUAAGGGAACUAUGACUGGUUAUAAUUUCAAUGACCCUGACUUUAAAAAUGCAAAAAAGAAAUAUUCCUGUAAUAUGUAUUCUGUAGCUUUACACUCAAAGUAAGUGUAACAAUAAAUAUAUGCUUUGCAUAGAUUUCCAUAAAAUAAGGUCUCCAGUUGCUUGGAUCUUUUUCAUCAAUGUAUCACAAAAAGAAACAAUUUUGUCAGCCCGUAUGAAUUUUGUUUCUUCUGUUUAUUUAUUAUUAUUUUAUCACCCUCCUCCACUCUGCGUUUGGGGCAGGAAGUGAGGAAAUUAGAGCAUUUUGCCAUGUUAUGCCCCAUACAUCAGGUUGUACAAUAAGAAAACCUCAUGGACUAUGAACUUAGCUUUCUACUGGACUGUACUGGACUGAUGGCUCAGACCCAAUGAGGCCUCCAAGUUGCUGAGUCACCAGUAGUGAGAGACCCAAACAGAAAUUAAAAGCAGAAAGAGUUGACAUAUGUUUUAUGUGUGAGUGAGUGUACUCUUUCCACAUGACUGAGCAUGUUUGCUUUUAUUAGUAGACCAAACCAUCUGCCCUUUGACCCAAGCCUAGCUGCUUAGCUCCACCACGCCACUGCAAGAACUUCACUUGCAUGUCUUCCUUGUGGUCUAUGAUCGUAGACGGUUGUGAACUUCAGUAAUGGAAAAAUAUUGUGGUGAAUUUGACCACAAAGCUAAUGUUUUACUUCAAGUUUUUAAGUCAUCAGGCAUGUACUUUGUUAAUUCUUUGACUUUGCCAGUGUUAAUCCAUGUCUCAUAUUUUUUUUACACUGUUAUUUGCCUAAAGAUUAUGGACAAGGCUUAAAAGACAAUGAAUUCUCUAUUUUCUGUGAAUUUUUUGUGAGCAUAAUAAGAUAUCUAUAUAAGUUUGCAUUCCUAUUCUAUGACCCUGCUUGAUGAUCAGUUGUAUUAAUCAAUUUACUUGUUUAAAUAAGCAGUGGCAGGUUUUACAUUUUCCCAUUUACAUUUAUUUAUCUUGAGUACUUUUCUCCUGAACAAAUUUAUGGUCAUAAACAAGGCCAUUUUUGAUGCAACAGACAACAAUAUAUGCAGUUUCAGGUCUACAAAGCCUGAUAGAAAAUGAACCUUCACUCAUUUUUCCCACAGCAUUGUAUAUAUUACUAUGUUCAAUAAAGCCAAAUUAUGUAAAUCUA